ACCAGGCAUACUUUGAUGUUUUUGUAGGUUCAAUGCACGCCAUAUGCUCGACUUCAGUAUGGGUAGUUAACGAGUGAAAAGUGCGAAAAACGCUAGAAAAUGCCACGGUUAUGUUGGACUGUGUGGUAGCGAGUUUUUGUCGUUCAUUCGAUCGCAAGUUUAUAAAAGUUUGGAUUACUUCAUACUUCGAUUUUUUUCUUCUUCAGCAUUUAUUCCUUUAUAGGUUUAUGAGUAAUAGCUACACAAACGCAGUUUACUGUAGGCGAGACUGCAUUUACGAUAAGAUUAAUUUAACAUCUGUAGUUUCCAAGAAGGUGAGAACAACUACCAGACUGUGUGAGAUUUUAAUCACCAGACACCAUGAUAGCAGCCCACUCGCAGGCAGCCGACCUGAUCCAGCGCCACAAGACGCUGUCCGUGAAUGUGCGCAGACUUCAGGAUGCGCUAAGCAUGUACCUGGACGAGCAGGAGAUCUGCACGUUUAUCGACGCCCUCAACGGUUACCAUACCAACAGAGAUGUCUUCGAGUUCGUAAACUUCCUGAAGAAGAUUCUCAACACUCCAGUGAAGAGACAACUGUUACCCUUGAUCAAGCAGGUUAUUCCACACACAGAUGCACCAGCCUUCGAACUCCUCACUACGGGAGACCGGAACUACAACACUCUGCCACGGCCCAUACUCUAUCGGCCUCAUUCUGCAGAUGUCGCUGUGUACAAGAAACAGAAAAGCCGUCCAUCGAGCCAUCAUGGAGGAUUUGAUGAACACGUUUCCCGGAAUCACGUAAAACACAAUGAACUGAUUCCCCGUCAGACGAGACGCGGUGACACAGCACCGAGAAGUCAGUACAGAGAUGGCGAACUGAAGCCUCGUAGCAGACACAGAGGACAGACACAGUUCAACAUGGCCAAACACAGUCUGACUCAGCAUCGUGGCUUGGGAGCUCUGUCCGAACUGGAUUUCGAAGCCGAGACGUUGAAGCUGUAUAUCGGCCCACCCCAGGACAGCGAGAGAGGGUUUGGCUUCACAAUCCGUGGCGGUCAGGAGUAUGGUCUGGGGGUGUACGUGUCAUCGGUGGACGAUGGGGGACAUGCCAAGGCUCAAGGGUUGGAGGUUGGAGAUCGGAUUCUUGAGGUCAAUGACAUCUCUUUUGAAAACAUAUCACAUAUUGAAGCAGCCAAGAUUGUAAAAGCGGCAAAACGACUGGAGCUGUGUGUCUCGCGAGUGGGUCGCAUUCCCGGAACCCACAUUGUGCACCAGGCGUACCGGUGGGUGGAUCCAAAAGGCCGUCCUGUGACCCCACCCCCAGAGCUUGAGCUGUUGGGGUCAGCGGAGGACUUGCUGGAAAACCGCAGCAGGAGUGGGAGCACACUUCUAAAGGGAAGUGAUGAAAGAAAGGUAAAUGUGGUGGUGGAGAAGGGGGAGUGUCUGGGACUGAUGGUUCGAGGGGGGAGAGAGUUUGGUCUCGGCAUCUACAUCUCUGGAGUAGAUCCAUUCUCAGUGGCCGAGAAUGCUGGCCUUAAGGUAGGAGACCAGAUUCUACAUGUGAACAAGCACAGUUUCCUGGACAUCACCCACAUGGACGCUGUCCGCAUUCUCAAGGUCACCAAGCACAUGGUCAUCACGGUGAAGGACGUGGGGAAACUGCCGUUUGCCAAGACAACCAUUGACAGAACAAAAUGGCUGUUCUCUGACGAACUGUCUCAUCAAAACAGAUCAAUUAGUGGAAGAUUAUCAGCCAGCCUUGACAGCCUGAACAACGUUCCUAACAGUUACAACACGAUUGGCUUCAUGAAGGGAGCUGGAUCUCAGCUGAUGAGAACGGGGUUGUCAUGGCAGUCACAUGACGUCAUCGACCAGCAGGCUCGCAUCUUGCUCAAUGAUUCAGAGCAGGCCACUCUGCGUUACUACCUCCGCGAAUACCAGAAAGGAGCAGUCGGAGUUGAUGGUCUGGUGUCUGCCCUGUUUGAGCUACUCAACACUCAGGCAAAGUUCACUCUGUUGUCCGAUAUCCGAACUCUGAUCACCCCACGAGAGCUUGAUAGAUUUGACACUCUUGUUCUCCGCAAGGAAGCUGACUUGACAAGGAUUGGACAAAGACAUUCAGUGAUUCCAGACAAUUUAUCAGUUAUCUCUCAUGAUAGUGGACAGCCAUUUAUUGAGGACAAAAACAGGAGAACUCUCUUUUCAGCAGAGAGAAGUUUGAACAACAAGAAGACCAUUAUGAUGGAACCAGUGGUGUUCAACUCAAUUCCCACAAGAAAGACUUUGGCAUUACCAGGAAAUAACAAGUCGUUAAACCUGUCUCUCGGUCAUCUGAACAAUGAGCAUGAGCAGAUGUAUGAUGGGAAUGAAAUAGAGUAUGAUGGGAAUGAAGAACUGCUUGAUGGGAAUGAUCAGUUACCCGAUCACCUUCCAGAGGUAGAACCUGUAAGCUCCAAGGGUCGAACGUCACCACGUCCUGAAAAAAAAAUGACUGUUAAUUUGACCCAGCCCAAAUAUCUCCAUUCAAGGGUAAGGUCAAGGUCAAAAUCACCAUUACCAUCUCGUUCACCUAUUCCAUCAUUUCGAUUCACACCACCGGUAUCAACAGUGAUGACAUCAUCAACUACAGCAGCAAAGAACACUACAACUGCACAGGUUCACCAGACAGGAAAGGGUGAUGAUAACCCCAGUGAUGACAGUGGUGUUGAGAUCUGUGCACUGCACAAUGCAGACAACCUCGCUGCGCCUGCUUUACAGAGAGAGGGGUCUGACAGAAAAAAGAGGGUAACUAUCUCGACUGAAGAAGACACUACAGAGCCUGUGCCCGAUUAUGAACCACCUCCAGUCCCCCGUGAUGACCCUGAACCCCUCCCGGAUUACGAGGCGGAUCCACAGACAUCCACUUCCCAGGAUUCUCUGUACGCAGUCAUCAAGAAGAGGCCUCGGAAACCACCACGCAAGGAAGGAAACAAAAAAAGCAUUGCUAAAGAAAAAUAUGGUGACAUUCCACUGGAGUAUGUCAACGUAUAUCGCACCAAGCCGACUCUGGGCCUGGCCAUUGAAGGUGGAGCCAAUACUCGACAGCCUCUCCCACGAGUUAUCAAUGUUCAGCCAGGUGGUUCAGCAUUUGAAUCUGGUGGACUGAAAGUGGGUCAUAUAAUUCUGGAGGUGAAUGGACAGACGGUGGUGGGUCUGGAACACACAGAGGUUGCCAAGGUGAUUGCCGAGUCAUUUAAAAACAAACAGCUGCCCAAGAUGGAACUGUUAGUGACAGAGACCGGGGUGGAGCUCACGGGAACUAUGAAAGACCUUGUCACGGCAGCAGAUGAUCAAGAGCCAUCCACUACGUAGUGUUAAGAGCCUGUACUGAAACUAUGAAAAGCUAAGAAUUGCAUAGUUGAGAUCUCCUGUUACAUAGUCUCAGAGUGUUUUAAGAACUACAAAAUGUAUGUAAGAACAGGCCCUAUUAUAACACUUCAGAGUCUAGAUGCAAGCUAUAAAAAAAAAGUCAUGCCCAUACAAAUAGAUCGGCAUCAGUGUUGACUUGAGACUGGUAGGUACUGUGUUCACAUCCUGGUGCCGACUCCCACUCGGAGCAAGUUUAACGACUCAGUGGGUAGGUGUAAGGCCACUACACAGACUUCUCUCUAACCAGUAAACCACUGGCCUGGACAGACAACCCAGAUAGCCAAGGUGUGUACCCAGGACAGUAUGCUUGAAACUUAAUUGGAUAUAAGCAUGAAAAUGUAAAUAAAAAAUUAUAUGCAAUACAAAUAGAAUGUAGUUGAAGUAUGAAGACUUUAUAACCCCAGGGGUUUCCGUUACUGGUCUUAAGACCUGCAUUGGAUCUGCAAAGUUGAGGAGUUUCUGUAUUUACUGUUACAUGGUCUUGAAACAAGGUACAAAUGUGAGCUUCAACUAUGACAGACCAAGAAGUGCACCUCAUUUACCUUCAUUUUAUCAGGAUCUCUCAUAAGUAAGGUAAAACUGACAAGAUGAAGACAUGUUGUGAAAUGCUCUUUACUGAUCAACAUCUUUAACUUCUGUCUUGUGAAAGAUUUUUAAAACUGAAAACAUAUCUAUGUCAUCAAUAAUAGUAGUCAAGAUGUUUUAAGACUAACAAUGAAAUGAUGUGUUAUUGAUUGAAAACAUAUUUUAUUGUACAAAGAACAAAAAAAUCGGGCACAAGUUUGACAACUAACGAGACCCUCUUCUAUAUACAAACAUUAUACAGUGUUUGAUAUUCCCAUGAAGGUGGUUCACAGUACUCGAUCCAAAUGUGUGUAAAUAUGCUUCAUUUCACAGAGACAUUUUGUACAUACAAACAUUGAGAGAACAGUUUAUCACUCUUUAGUGAAGUUAAAAGAUUUAAUUGAGAAUGUUUUGUGUGUUACCUCGUCUCUUUGAAUUCUCCAUUUCAAGCACAAAUCUUUUGUAAUUUAUUGUUAUUUACAAAAUUUUAAUAUCCUGGAUGCUGUAUUCAAAUAAUCAUUUCAUUAACAUUAUGGUAUAAUAAAUAUACUAAUUUGAUUUAAUUUUUGUUUUACAUCUGGAAUGGUUUAUUAACUUGAAGGUGUGACAAAAUAAGGCAUCAAAGAUAUGGAAAUCAUCCCUGAAAAUGUACAAAAACAAAUAUUCAUUAGUAUUAUUAGAAUUAUCUGCAGAAAUAAAAUGACUACUGGUCUUAGUAUGGUUUGAAUAAUAUUGAAAUUUAUUUAAGACAAAUUUAAAAGGAUCCAUUAUUUGGAUCAUUCAAACUAAAUACAAUUUUAAAAAAGUGUGUCUUUUAUCAGUUUGGGUAUGGUCAGAAAGUACCACACUGAGAAAUGCCCAAUGCAUAACGUAAAAGUUUAUUGCAGUCUAAAAAUCAUUUUAAAUGCUGCUUGACAUGUGCUAACCUCCUGAUGACCUAAACAUCCAUUCUUAUUUCAAAGUUAAGUUUAACGACACCACUAUAGCAGACUGAUUUAUUAAUCAUCGAGUAUUGGAUGUCAAACAUUUUGUAAUUUUGACAUACAGUUCUACAGACCAAAACCUGCAUUAUUUUUCCAUUAGUAGCAUGGGAUCUUUUAUAGGUACCAUCUACAGAAAAGACAGCACAUAUCAU